UGUACAAAUACAAACAGGCGGUUGUUAAUGAAGACAACACUACUACCUAAGGUCGGUCUAUGUGUUUGACUCCAGUCAAACUGGCCUUGGAAACUACGAAAUAACAUUCUUUAUUUAAACUUAUUUUCCGCAUAUACUGGCGGCAUGGUCAAAAUACUACUCUAUCUUGCCAGAUAACAAGAAAAGAAGAACACAAUGGCGAUCCCUUGGGGAACGAUAAAGUCCCUCCUCAUAUUCUUCGGGCCCAUGCUCCUGCCCAAAGCCAUAAACUACUACCGCUCCGUGCGCAACGCGCCCCUCGCCGCCGGCGUCUCCGUGCAGCCCCUCCCCCCUCACGCUCUCCGCGGCAUAUCCGUGCUCGUCGCUACCGCUCUCGCCUUCUUCCUCCGCGCCCUCCCCCUCUUCUCCCCCGAGAACGUCUUCGCGCGCACCCAGUCCCGCCUGCAGAUCCCCACCGACGUGCUCUUCAACCGCCUCUCGUCCCUGCGCCCCCUCGCCCCCGCCGACGACGCCCUCCGCGCCCGCUUCGUCAACCUCGAGUCCCGCCUCCUGUACCUCCAGUUCGGCCCCGACGUCCUCGCCGAGUGCCCCUUCUGCUCCGCCGACGACCCCCGCUCCUACUUCUACUACGCCUUGCCCGCCAUCCUCGCCCCGCACCUCGUCAACCUCGUCCUCGCCUCCCUCGCGACCUCCGAGAUCCUGUCCGGCCCCUACGGCCCUAAGUGGCGCCCCACGGCCGCCGUGUCCGCGGGCCUCGCCGCCGCCCUCGACGUCUACCUCGCGCAGUCGUACAACUACCAGGCGAACGCGCGCGCGACGCGGCUCGCCGACCUCGACCCGUUCUUCUGGACGUCGCGGGCGGCGCGGCUCGCCGGGCUGGCUUCGCUGGACCUGGCGCUCGCGUACCUGGUGUACCUGUCGAGCACGAACCGGGCGUUCGUGGCGCCGCCGCACCCGGCGCAGCGCGUGGACGCCGUGGCCCGGCAGCUGCAGGCGACGAAGGGGCGGCUGAACGCCGUGGGCAUCGUGAAGAACACGGCGACGCGCGACGAGGAGCUGCGCGCCCGCAGCCAGGCGUACUGGCGGCAGGAGGGCGCCAUCAUGCGCGAGGUCAUGGAGGAGAGGGACGUGGUCGAGGGGGUCAACGACGCGCUGCAGAAUAGGAUCGACAUCGCGGAUAUUACGAGGGACGCGGAUGCGUAUGCGCUGAACGUGCUGCCGAGGAUGGAGGAGAUGGUUACCACUACUACUACUACCACCACGCCGCCCGAAACGACGACGGUCGGAUAGCGAGGGGUGGUGCUUUGUUGUUAUUAGAUGGUGCCGUGUGUGCAGAUAGCGUCGUGUUUAGAUAUCAUAUGGAGUUGAGCUUGUUUUUACCGAA